CCCUGUUGUUGCUUCAUUGUCCCUUUGGUCUUUCAAUUUUUUUUUUUCCUACUUGUCUUUGUUCUCGUCUUCUUUAGUUUUGCGUGUGUGUGAUGGGGCUUUUAUCUUUGGGAACACCUUUGCCUUGGAGUGAGGCCAAGAAGUAUGCAGACCAUGUCCGCACCCACGGCAUUGAACAGUUUCUCGCCAUUUAUCGCAAACAAAAAGCUCAGCAAAAGCAAUGCCUGCUUUGGGGUGACGAGGUCGAGUAUGUAGUGGUCGAGUGUGACGAAGAGCAAAAACGAUGCAAAUUAUCCUUGACUGUGUUUGAUAUCCUUGCCCAACUGCAACAACCCGAAGUGGCUGUACUGAAUGGCGAAAGCACUGAAACGCUGGAAGCUCUAUGGAGACCCGAAUAUGGUCGAUUCAUGUUGGAGGCUACUCCGGGAUCACCGUAUGGAUCCACCUUCCGAGAUCUCGGCAAAGUCGAAAGCAACAUGAAAUUACGUCGUCGUUUGGCCAAAGAAAAAAUGCCUUCCAACAUGCUGCCAAUGACUCUCGUCAAUUACCCUCGUCUGGGCUGUCCCGGUGAAUUGGAACCCGAUCAUGAACCCCGAGGCGAAGCGUGUCAGAGUUUAUUUGUACCUGAUGAGAUUAUUAAUCCCCACGCCAGAUUCCCUACAUUGACUGCCAAUAUUCGUCGUCGACGUGGAGCCAAAGUGGAGAUCAACAUGCCUAUUUUCCACGAUAAAAACACCCCGAAACCGUUCAUUGAUCCUACCAUUCCAUGGGAUCGCGAUUGGUUUGUUCACGAUAAGGAAGCCAAGCAAGGUGCAGCCAAACCGGACCACAUCUAUAUGGAUGCCAUGGCUUUUGGUAUGGGCUGUUGUUGUCUCCAGAUCACGUUCCAAGCAUGCAACAUUGAUGAAGCAAGACGAUUGUAUGAUCAGUUGGCUCCCGUGGCCCCCAUUAUGUUGGCUUUAACGGCCGCCGCUCCUAUUUUCCGUGGUUAUUUGGCUGAUGUGGAUAGUCGUUGGAAUGUGAUUGCUGCCGCUGUCGAUGAUCGUACACCAGAAGAAAGAGGACUCGAGCCAUUGAAGAACAAUCGUUUUGUCAUUAACAAAUCUCGCUAUGAUUCCAUCGAUUGCUACAUUUCCAAGGAUGCCACGUUCAAAAACAAGUACAACGAUCUUGAUCUUGUGUAUGAUAAGGAUAUUUACGAAAAACUGCGAACCAACGACAUUGAUGAUUUAUUGGCCAAACACAUUUCCCAUCUGUUCAUUCGCGAUCCAUUGGUCAUCUUUAAAGAAUUCUUGGAUUUGGACGACGAAAAUUCCGCCGAUCACUUUGAGAAUUUGCAAUCGACGAAUUGGCAAACCGUCCGAUUCAAGCCCCCGCCACCGAAUUCCGACAUUGGAUGGCGUGUGGAAUUCCGAAGCAUGGAAGUGCAGUUGACCGAUUUCGAAAAUGCCGCCUUUGCCGUGUUCAUUGUUCUACUGACACGCGUGAUUCUGAGUUUCGGACUCAACUUUUACAUGCCGAUUUCCAAGGUGGAUGCCAAUAUGCAGACGGCCCAUCAUCGUGGGGCGGCAGUAAAUGAACAAUUCUAUUUCCGAAAGAAUGUAUUCCCUUCCAAUACAGAUGAGGAGAAUGAUGAUUAUGAAUUAAUGACCAUGAACGAAAUUAUCAAUGGCAAGGAACACGGCUUCCCUGGUUUGGUGCCUUUGAUUCACAGCUACUUGAACAGUACCAAUAUUGAUAUUGAAACACGAUGCAAGAUCUCGUCUUAUCUUUCUUUGAUCAGCAAGCGAGCGAGUGGCGAGUUGAUGACUGGUGCAUCUUAUCUUCGUCACUUUGUGAUGAAUCAUCCUGAUUAUCAAAACGAUUCCGUGGUCUCGCCUUCCAUUAAUUAUGAUCUGAUCAAACACGUGGAUCAAAUUGCGAAAGGUCAAGUGAAAGCCCCCGAACUUUUAGGUGAUUUCUCUGCCUAAAUACGGUGUUACUGUUUUUAUUCAUUCCCUUAUUACCCUUUUUUUCUUCUUCUUGUUUAUUAUUGUUGUUGUCUGGCUAUUUGGGGCGCCAUUGAACGAAACUUUUUUGCUUGCCGAAAUGGAGAAUCGUCUGUGCACCUUGUUAUUUUAUUUCUUUUACUACUUUCAUUAUGAUUUUUUGUCAGUUAGACUGUUUUAGAGAUGCCAGCGUAAAUAAAAAAAAAGACACUGUCUAGUUGUAUUCAGCGUCACACCUGUUGCAAAAAGAUCAAAGCUUCCUUAAUCCUUUGACGCUUCUUUGGUUCAAACAGAGGACCUGAUCUGUAUGCAGAUAUGCAUGCACCGCCAUGACCAUGCAGUACGAAAUUGGUCAGCAUGCAAAUGAG